UUGGAGAAAACAUUUAAAACAUUUUAUUUAAGCUAAAAAAAUAUAUUAAAUUCAUGUUUCAUAUUUCUUACACUUACUAUUUAUCUGUUUUCUGUUCAUUAGUUCUUUUCUGUGUUCAGGUCGUUCUCAGUUAUUUUAGAGAAACAUCAAAAAAGAAAAUUAUACAUAUGGAAAACAACUAUAAAAUCCAAACUGAGGAUGAACAAAAGGUAAACUGCAGUUUGAAAAAAAAUUUCCAGCAGAUUCCAUAUUCAAUGACUCUGAGUAAAGAACUGAUAUCUGAAAAAUCUUCAUACGUUGACAAGCAAAAUCAGAAUUUAAAAAUGCAGACUUCGUUGAGUGAUGUGGGACGAGAUGAGAUAGUCUCAGUAUUUGUGAGGACAAGUCAACAGCUGCAGGAUAUGGUGCGAGGGUAUGAGCUGAAGGUGAACCAAACAACUGACCACAUAAGCUGUCUGCAGGAACAUAUCAGUCUACUGCAUAACCAACUGGCAGCCAAGAACAGAAUGAUUGCCCGCAUGUGUGACCAGUACCUGACUCUUGCAAAGCAAAAACAGUUUUCGGAGGCACAUCUACAACGAAGAAUUGAUGAGCUGAACUCAGUGAUCGAGGCUUGUGUACAGAACAAUAGGCUCAAAUUACAAAAGCAGUUAGUUCAACAAAUUAACCACAGUCGUCACCUUGAGUAUCAAAAUGAAAAUCUUGCCCAACAAAUAAAAAAGAUAUGCAGACAGAAAAUUGGAUAAAUAGAUUAUUGUAUAGACUGAAAUAAAUGGGUUUAAAAUGUGCCGUAAUAGGA